CUUCUGAUCAUAAGUUGCUCAAACUUCGAGAAACAUGGGUCGAGCUCCUUGCUGUGACAAGGCUAACGUCAAGAAAGGACCUUGGUCCCCCGAAGAAGAUGCUAAACUCAAAACUUAUAUCGAAAAGUAUGGAACUGGAGGCAACUGGAUCGCUCUUCCUCAAAAAAUUGGGCUCAAGAGAUGUGGAAAGAGUUGCAGACUGAGAUGGUUAAAUUAUCUAAGGCCUAAUAUCAAGCAUGGUGGGUUUACUGAAGAAGAAGACAACAUCAUCUGUAGCCUUUACAUUAGCAUCGGAAGCAGGUGGUCCAUAAUCGCAGCACAGCUACCGGGAAGGACAGACAAUGACAUAAAGAACUACUGGAACACCAGAUUGAAGAAGAAGUUACUGGGAAGGAGAAAACAAUCGUCUAGUUUCAAUAAUCCACGAGACAGAAACGGAUCAGGAAACGAACCAGAUGAUUCAAAUGCUCUAAGCAACUCGGCUCUUGAACGCCUUCAACUUCAUAUGCAACUUCAAGGCCUCCAUCAAAACCAAAACUCUUUCUCUAAUUUCUACAACAAUCCUGCACUGUGGCCCACCACUAAGCUCCAUCAUCUGAUGAAUUGUAACAAUAAAAACCCUGAUCACCAGUCAACAAAGCAGCAGCAAUUCUACAAACCCACUGUUCCAUCCAGUACGGAUGAUACAUCUCUUCAACAAGAACAUGAAAAGAUCAAUAGUUCUUCACAGGUUGACAUGUCAUCGGUUCCUUUCAUGGCCUCGGGGAUUGAUCAAAUGGACUCUAAUAGUAUGGCAACGGUGAGACUGCAAGAGGGAGUUCAUCAGCAGCAACCUAAUAAUGUGGAGAAUCAGCAAGUUUCCGCACUUCAAGCCGAGUUGCAUGAGAUUCUCAGCAAUAAUAACAACAGAUCAAUGAGCUACAAUAUGCCACAGGAUCAAGAUCAGAUGGCUGAUUUUGAUUGUUUUGCAGAGAUGAACUCGAAUGAUUCGAAGGACAGCUUGAUGAAUAUGUGGUGGUCCAAUGAUUUGAUGGCCAAAUCAGCAUCUUCCAGCUCUUGGUGUUCAAGUACAAGCACAAGUACUCCUGUUCUUCAGCCAGAAGGGAUGUUUCAAGAUAAUUAUGAACUCGUGGCCGGUUAUAGUUUGUAGUCACUACUACGGUAUAUAACUAUAUGUACAUGUGGUAAUUUUAUGUGUCAGUUCAUUCGUCAUAAUAUGGGGGGAAAAGAAGAAUAUAUCCAUCAGUGGGGUGUGUGUCUUGUAAACAUAGUCGUGAAUAUUUAAUAACGUAAAAGUUGUAAAUCAUCACUGUUUGAGUGUUUGUAGAAACUCGUGUUGUGAA